AUGAAAAUAUCAGUUUUGUCAAAGAAGCUGUGGUCUGUCCACAAACAGCUGGUCCUUGUCCUCACUCCACUUAUUCUUCUGCCUUUACUUUUUACUCUUCCAGAAAAGGAGGGAAAAUGUCUUUAUGUGGUGAUACUGAUGGCGAUGUAUUGGUGCACAGAGGCCCUUCCUCUGGCUGUCACUGCCAUGCUUCCAGUCUGCCUCUUUCCAACACUGGGAAUUCUUCCAUCCAAAAAAGUCUGCCCUCAGUACUUCCUCGAAACCAACUUUCUCUUCCUCAGCGGUCUUGUGAUGGCGUCAUCCAUUGAGGAGUGGGGCCUCCAUCGCAGAAUAGCCCUAAAGGUCCUCACUAUUGUUGGAGUAAAACCAGCCUGGCUCAUUCUGGGAAUGAUGGUCACCUCGUCCUUCCUGUCCAUGUGGCUCAGCAACACCGCCACAACAGCCAUGAUGCUUCCUAUUGCCAACGCCAUCCUGGAGAGUCUGUUUGGAGAUCUGGAGACCCUGAAACAAAACUGCAAGACCACAGAGGACGCUGAGAGUGAAAUUCUUAAUGGUCAGUCUAAUGUGAAGCUGCAUUCACUGCCCUCAGAGCCCACGGAAAAACAAAUACUGUCAAUAGACGGGAUUGAUGGGAUGGAGCAGACUGAAGUGAGGACAGCUGAGGAGAUCCGAACCGAAGCGCAGUAUCAGCUGAAGGUGUGGAAAGGAUUCUUGAUCUGUAUUCCUUACGCGGCCAGUAUCGGAGGGACCGCCACUCUGACGGGCACGGCGCCUAACCUCAUCCUGAUUGGACAACUGAAAAGCUAUUUUCCAGACUGUGACCUCAUCAAUUUUGGCUCUUGGUUUGCUUUUGCUUUCCCGCUCAUGGUUCUCUUCCUGUUUUUGGGAUGGAUAUGGAUCUCAUUUCUCUACGGGGGAUUGAAUACACGAUUGUGCUUCACGAAACACGACCGACGAGCCCAGGCAGAGGCCAGAGCCAAGGCUCUCAUAGACGACGAUUACAGAAAACUAGGGCCCAUAAAUUUCGCAGAGGGAUCCAUUGCUUUCUUUUUUGUAUUGUUUGCUGUUAUGCUGUUCACAAGGGAUCCCAAAUUUGUCACUGGAUGGUCUGUGUUUUUUAAAAAAGGGUACGUCUCAGAUGCAGUCACAGGUGUGAUCAUCGUGUCUAUAUUGUUCUUCUUCCCAUCGCAGAAACCGUCUCUAAGCUGGUGGUUUGACCCUCAAGCUGCAAAUACUCCUUACGUCCCUCUGUUAUCAUGGAAGAAAGCACAGGACUCUGUGCCAUGGAAUAUCAUUCUGCUGCUUGGAGGUGGCUUUGCUAUGGCCAAAGCUUGUGAGGAAUCUGGACUCGCCACCUGGAUCGGAGGCCACCUCCAGCCUUUGGCCGAAGUCCCUCCUCCUGCAGCUGUGAUGUUGAUCACAGCUUUCCUGGCCAGUUUCACUGAAUUUGCCAGCAACACUGCCACGAUUAUCAUAUUUUUACCUGUCAUUGCUGAACUGGCUAUUCAUAUCUCAGUGAACCCUCUGUACUUCAUGAUACCUGCAACAGUAGGAUGUUCAUUCGCCUUCAUGCUGCCAGUGUCUACACCACCCAACUCCAUCGCCUUUGCGUCUGGGCAUCUCAUGGUCAAAGACAUGGUGAAGACGGGCUGUGUCAUGAAUGUCCUGGGUGUCCUGUCAGUCUCUCUGGCAAUGAACACGUGGGGCGUCGCCAUGUUUGGCUUGAACACAUAUCCAGAUUGGGCUAUGCCCCUCAACAAGACGGGAAUACUUACUGAUGUACACCUUUCAUCUGUUCAUGCCCUCAAUGCUACUCUCUGA